AUGCAGCAGGCAGACGCGCCUUCCGCUUCGGCGCCUUCGGAUUCGGAGCUGAGCGGCUCUGAGCUGGGCCUCCGGGUCUCAGAAACGACUGCGAGGACUCCACAGAGUGGAGAGGUACACUUAGUAUCUCCUGAUGUCACUCCGAAGUCUGGAGAGUCCGAUUUUCGCAGGUCUAACACCAUGGAUUCCUUUGCUGGAUCGCCGGAAUCAAUGGUGACAGAUGUCAAUGAGUUCUGCAUUGUGUCAGGGGAUCGUCGAACCUUUUCAGAAGGACAUGAAACUGGGAAUUCAAGCGAGGAGGUCGAGAUCGCUUCACCUCAUGAGCCUGAGUUGGAGGAGGAAAUGCCUCUACACUUCAUCAGCCGCAUCGAUGGCAAGGAACGUUGGGGCCAACUCAUUCGCAAUGUCGAGCUCCUGGGACGGCGUUACUUGGUGGUUCGAACUGAGCCCUCUGAAGAAGACGUGCGUCAAGGAAUGAGAUCUGUCAUCCAUGUUUUUGGAUUGGGCUUUUUGAACCCUUGCCACGAUGACAUCAUCAUGCUGCCCAGGAAUACAGACGCCAAGCAAGGCGAGGGUGAUGUUGGGGAGGCGGAGCCAAGAUCCACAUCGGGCAAAGCCACUGUGGAGGAACCCGGGCUCUUUGUCCUCGAUUCGGCCCGCUUUUGUCAAAAAGAAUUGUUGGGCAGCGGGGGCUUUGCGGAUGUGUACCGCUACGAGCGGAUUGAUGCAGGGAAGCGGGGUGUUGAGUCAUACGCCGUGAAAGAAGUGGAUCUUCAAAUUCUCUCCUCCAGAGUGGGGUCUGAUCAAGAGAGAUUGGUCCGUUGGGUUGCACGACUGGAAUUUGAGGUGCGGAACUUGCUGAAGCUGCGGGGACAUCCAGGCGUUGUGAAGGUCUACGAUGCUUUUGCCUUCCGGCGCAAGUUUUACAUCAUCAUGGAGUACGUCCGUGGCACGGAUCUGGGACGACGCCUCAUGGGACGGGGCCGCCUGUCGGAAAUCGACGCCCGAGGUCUGUUUGCGCAAAUGGCCGAAGCUCUUCGUCACAGCCAUGCAAUGGAUGUAGUGCAUCGGGACUUCAAACCCCACAACAUUUUACUUGCUGACCCAUUGCGACCUGGACAGCCAGAUGUCGUCAAACUCGUGGACUUUGGCCUCAGCAAGGACAUCAGCGGCUGCUCUUCGGGGACUUCAACGCCAUUCUUGGGAACAAAGUACUACAGAGCACCUGAGACGCGGCAUGUUCUACCCGGACAAGAAAACUAUGAUGCUGUCAAGGUUGAUGUGUUUGCGCUUGGUGUGACUUUGUAUGCUAUGCUGGCAGGAGCCCACCCACAGGAAGGUGAGGAGGUGAAUGAGCUCACUUUCCGAUCAGCAGCGUGGCAAAGGGUUAGUUCAGAGGCACGUGACUUGUUGCUGGGCCUUUUGAGGCAUGAACCAGAACACAGACUGACCUUAGACGAUGUGAUCGAGCAUCCAUGGCUCAGCCAGAUUUGGGCAGCAUCCUCCGAGCCAGAUUUGGCCGAGCCAGAGGCCACCACAGUAGAGGACGAGGAUACUCAAGAGAAUGAAGUUGGCAGACUGCCCCUGGGCCCUAGCUUCAUGGCUGCCUUUCCAGAAGCUCCCGCUUCCUCUUGCGCUGCCAAGAUUCCUGCUGAAGGUGGGAGCAGCCACGGAAACCCUGUCCAGUCUGCAAGUGCUCCUGGGUGGGGAAAUGUUUUGUCCUGGCUGCAUGCAGAUGCGGCCUCAGCUGAAGCGCAGCAGAUUCUGUCCCACGUUGGGGGCAAGGCAACUACCCCAGUUGCAUUUGGGCGGGCGCCUCUGGCACCUCUUGCUCCUGGAGGAAAGCGCCAGGACAGAGCAAAGCAAGGCGAAGCCGCCGAGGCUCCUCGAGAUUCGCUGGUGCCACCCAGUGUGGAGCACAGGUCGGGAGAUCCUGACCUUUCUCAUGGCACAGAGGGUCCUGGUAUUGAGGAGUCUGCGGCAUCUGUGCCAGCCCGAAUCAAGUGGAUUUCCUGCAAGCCGCGCUUCGCUUCAGUGUGGCGCUUUGCACCUGCUGCUGAGUCGCCAGCACCUUCGCCUGCACCUUCACCAGCGCCUUCAACAGCACCUUCACUGGCGCCUUCACCUGUACCAUCUCCUUCGCCAUCUCCACCUCUGCACGAGUCAGAGUCCCGCGAUGGAAUCGAUGGCAUCACUGAAUCACCUCCUGAACGCGAUUCGGUGAUCGGAUUUGUGCAGGCACCGAAGGAGCUCGCAGACGGCUCCAUGGUGACCAUCACCCGCGGCACGAAUCACAGAAGCCGCGGCCGGCCUUGGGGCUUUGUCUCGGAGACUUGUCGGAGAUUUGGUUUCGUCAGCCGAGAAGAAGCCAUGAGAGCUGCAGAAGAGACUCUACUUAGGCCUGCCAGGAAAAGAAGGGGCUCGUCAGAGCUCCAUGCACGAGGUGCUAAGGUAUGA